GUGUCAAUGUCACAUUCUUAAAAGUGUAGUGUAAACGAAUCACAAAAUCAUUCCUUUUAAUAUAACUUGGUGCUGUUUAAUUCAACAUGUCUAAAGUUACUUUCAAGAUCACUCUGACUUCAGAUCCAAAACUCCCAUUUAAAGUAUGCUGACGUUUCACGGGCUCUGCGUUGAAGUUGCGACGUUCCGAAAUGGAGUCGAUUUUCCUGGAACAGUUCCUCGACUUUUUCCAAAGGUUUAUUGCACUGUGCCAACUGGAAAACUGGCCAAAUGACGAUACUACACAUGAACAGAUGAAAAAUGCAUUCAUAAUUUCACAUCACAUAGAAAAAUGUAGAGACAAAUUGACAAAAAAGAACAUUAUAAAUGAGUUUACAUCUGCACUAAAUAAAAAAAUAAAUGUACCAAGUUUACUCUUAAAAAACUGUUUGUCUGAACCACCUAGAUAUAUUUUAAAGAAAAUCAUAACUUCCUCAGCUAAUAUUGACCAAAUGGACGCAGGGUUUACCAUAUUUCUUGACCUAUUCUCUGUAGAGAAACUUGAAGCUUAUUUAUCAGACAUCAUGUUAGAGGUGGCCUCAAAAGAUACUUUGUUUAAAUACAUGCCAACAGAACUAUGUAAAAGUAGUCAAGCAGAAUUUAAAAGCCAGUUCUUUCUCUCUAAACUUGAAUGUGACGAUGAUUCUAUUAAAAUUAUCAAUGAAAUAUUACAGGAUUGUAAGCAAGAUGUUGUAGACAUGUUUGUUGUAUGCCUUUGCAAUAAAAAUCCCAAGUAUCAAAAUGCGGUUAAAGUAGUGGCCAAAGGAUUCGCAAAUGUGAUGUCAAGUCAAAAAGUUUUGUACAAAAAAUUUUGGAAACUACUUUUCCAUACAGAGGAAGACAAAUUUAUUCAAAUGUGUUUAAAUCAUGAUGAAAUUUUUGUAUUAAUAUGCAAAGCUUUGAUUGACUCUGGCAAGUUGAUUGAACAGAAUAUGUCCCUGGAAUAUUUUUAUAUUGACCUGACGUAUUCAGAACUAUCAUCCAAUGUACAAAAGAUUUGUAGAGAUGGCAAUCUAAAGUUAGUAUUUUUAGAUUUGAUUUACCAAAGUAAUGUUAAUAUUGGUUUUUGGGAAAGAGAGAUUCAGAGCUCUUGACAGAAACCCUAAUAAGAAAUAUUUUUUAGGGUUCAUAUGGAACCCUAAAAAAUAUAUCUGAAGGGUGCCUACAGGACUAUUACUAAGCCUCUGCUGCCCGUCCAUAUGUCCGUCUGUCUGUCAACAGACUAUCUUAUGAACCAUAAUAGGUACAGAGUUGGAAUUUUCAGUGAGUAUUUCUGUUGCCACAAUAAAAACACAAUAAAAAAUUCAAAAUUGUUGUGAUGUAAAUUAAAAAGUACAUAAUCUUAUAUUAUGGUAUAGAACCCUUGGUGUGCAAGUCCAACUCGCACUUGACUGUUUUUUGUAUCUAGGUCAAUUAGGUAUAGUUAUUUGUUUUAUAUACCAAAAAUUGGGACAAUGCUGAUGUACGAAGAAAUAAGUGUUAAUAUUGCAUUUUACAAUAUAUUUAUAUUAAUUAUGUAGAUACAUAGGUACUAAUGAGUUAAAUACUAUUGUUGACUUUAAAUUAAAGAAUUAGGAAUAUUAUAGUUUGUAACAAUUUAUUUUGUUUUAUAAGAUUGACUAAUAUAUUUGUUAUGAUCUGAUUUA